AUGAAAAGAGGAAACAAAAAUCCUAACAUCGCCAAAGAAAAAUAAAAAAUAAUGGAUAAAAAAUUAUAAAAUCAAAACUAUUUAUUUGAUAUAAAAUAAACAAAAAUUGCAGGGGAAGAAUUAAUCAAGAAGAAGCCAAAUCUAGCUGUUUAAUUAUUGGAACUGAAAAUGUUGGGAAAAAGUCAUUCAUUUCAGGCUUAAAAUUUGGAUAUCAAGAGACACAAUCAUUUUCAGCACUUGGGAUGGAAAUGACAAUUUUAAAAAAAUGUAUUAAUAAUAGAAAAAUAGAUAUAGACAGCAAGGAAUUUUUAUUAGCCAUGCAGACAGUAAACUGCUUUAGGCAUAAAAAAAAAAAUCGAGACCUCCACAUACAAAAAUAGAUUUUAACAUCAAGAGUUAAGAGAAAUAAACAAAAUACUAUAUAUUCUGUUAUGAUAUACAGUUUGCAAUAUAAAAUUCCAAAAAGUUAUCCAAAAAAUUUUCGAAAAGAUGAAGAUUUGCUUCCUUUUUUAUGACGUAACCAAUAGAGAAAGUUUAGCAUGAUUAUAUACUAAAUGAGAAGAGCUUAAGAAUUAUCCAACAAGUAAAAAUAUUAUUUAUAUGCUGAUAGGAAAUAAAUGUGAUUUAGAAGACAAAAGAGAAGUGUCUUACGAUGAAGGAAAAGAAUUUGCAGAUGCAAGGAAUUUUUUAUUUCUUGAAACCUCUACUGUAUCUGGUAAAAAUAUAGAAAAUGCAUUUUUCUUUUUAAUUUAUAAUUAUCAAUAA